UGGGCCGACGGCGACGACUACGUCGAUCACGUGACGCGCCUCUCGGCGUUUUUCGGUGCUGCCGACGCCGACGUUCCUCAGUUUGCGCUCCCCGCUCAGCUUCGCGUUCUUCUCUCUGUCUCCCGUCUCGGCCCGCUCCUGUCAUGGCGCCUCGGUACAGCUGGGGGUUGCUCCUGGCGGCGGCCCUGCUGGGUGAGUAUCCGCGGCGGCGGCUUCCUUUCGCAGGCCUCUCGCGGGUCUCCGCCGCUUCCCUGAGGAGGGAAGGAGCGCCCUGCCUGCCGCCGCCGCCCCUUGCCCUCCGCUCGAGGCCCUGUGCGUGGAAGCCCCGCGGCGAGGAAAAAGGCGGCGGCGGCGGCCUCCUCCCGUGUGGCGCCUCUCCCUGGAGCCGAGCCCGGGCCGCGGGGUCGCCGCAGCCGCUUCCUUCCCCCACACCUGGGAAGUUAGCGGGCCAGGUGUCUGCGCCAAAGGGCAGGCGGGCCUCCCAUGCGGCCCUGAGGGCAGAGCAGCCUCUCCGCGUUAGGGAGAAGCAAGAGGACUGUUUUCCGCCGUGGGAAACGGUGGCGCAGGACACGGUGUACUUUAAUGCAGUUCAACCGCUAACGCGGAAUUCAACGUUUAAAGGAGCUGCCUCUCCUCAGUUAGGCAGGUGUGAUUUGGCUGUAUACCGAAACCCAUGUCGUCGUCCCCCAUCCUUCUCCCCUUAUGUGCUGGAAGCCGCCCAGCUAGGGAAACCCAGCCAGAUGGGUGGGGUAUAUAUAAUAAAAUUAUUAUUAUUAUUAAUCUUCAGAGCUGACCACCUACUUUUCCUCCAGGUCACUGUAUUGUGAGAUGGUGACUAGUUGCUGCUGUAGCUUUGCUCCAACCGUUGCCUAGCUUGCACACCCAGGGUGUGGAUGGCUUUGUAACCUUAAACCUUGACGCCUAAUUCCUUUUGGCUGCAGCUGCAUAUCUUAAGAAACAUACUGCCACUUUAUUGUUCUCCUUCCAAGGCAACUGUGUUUUGAAGGCUGCUCAAAUCCUGUGUCCCUAUGUUCUGUUUUACCCCAGCAGCUCUGCAAACAACUUUUUUUUUUUUUUGCGGAAGCGCCCUCUUCUAGCAACACAGGUGUGAGCAAGAGAACUUGUUUGCCUUCUUGUGCUUGAGGCCUUGCAUGCUGCUAAUUUGAAAUAGAUAACUUUCACUGUUGGUAUAUUGGUGCAGAGAGCACUGAGGGUUUCCUCUCUGCUUGAUUGUACCAACAAAACUGGCAAUGCUCCCUUGAGGCCACUCUGGCUGACCCUCACUGCACUGCUGUAGCCUUCUUGUGAAUAUUUGGCUAAACUCUGAUAAGUCGUCUUGUUUCUCUGGAUGGAGGAUAGGAAGGCUUGUUUGAGAGUGAGAGUGAACAAACCAACCUGCUGUACAAAGGUGAAAUAUACAUUUGUUGUUCUGCCCACUUUUACCUCUGGCCCCACCCAUAAUUGGCAUGUGGUUUAGGAAGGCUUCUCAGAAGGGAAUGUGUCCUCCCAUCUAAAAGAGGUUCUGCAUCCCUGCUGUUUUGCAAGGCAUUCCCCAUCUUCCCAAACUUGUGUUUUGUGGAAACUAGAUGUAGCAAAUGUGAAGGAACUUAGAAUGUAAUAGGUGACCCAGCUGAAGGUGAAAUUCUUCUCUCCUGAUAGUAGUUGUCUUCUGCUGGUUUUUUUCUCCUAAGUGGCAUUGUCUAGUUUCAGUACCUCUAUCACUGGCUGUAUAACACUGGUGAUAUGAAGCUGUUAUCUUGCAGAGAUUUCUACAGGUUCUCUUGCACUCAGUGGGACUUUAUCCCCCAAGUAAAUAUUCAUAGGAUUAGGCUGUAAAUCAUACAAUCUUCUCACUAUAGCAUGAGGUCAAUGAGAAAACCUGGGCAUCCCAGUAAUGUAGGCCAGAGUAUAGAAUUUAGAACAAGUAUGACUCAUGAAUUUGUGUCCUUUUGUGCUGCUUUGACUUGAUUUGUAUUUGAUUUGAUUUGAUUUGAUUUGAUUUGUAUUUGAUUAUUAGUCUGCAAUCACUGGUCUGCCUUAUUCCAUCCCAACUCAGUACAUGGUGGCUAUGUAUAUCCUGAAGUGUUUUUCCCCAGGAUUCCUUUUCUCACUUUUGUCAUUAAAGUUAGCCUUGCCAUUAUAGGCUGAAGUAUUUGGGCCUAUUGUAAAAAAGCAGAGGUAUGUUAGAAGUAAAAAGCUACAUACUGUAUAGCAAAUUCAAGAGUGGUUUAUUUACAAUGUUUUAAAGGCAUUAAAACACAAAUAUUAGGAAAACCAGAGACAAACCUGGGAGUAAUGAUACUAGUCUCCCCUUUUACUGCAAAAUAAUGAAUACUUAUUUUACUUUAACUAAUUAUGUGUACUUGGUGUGUGUUUUUAAUGGUUUUGAACUUGGAUUCUUUAAAGAUACAUUCAUGGAUUUGAUUGUCAGUGGAUUUUAUUCUGGGUGUGAUACCUGCUUUUUCCUGAAAUUCAACUUUAGUUUGCUUAUAUGAUGCUCCCUCAAGUUUCACUUUGCAGUUUCCUGCUGUGCACCAAAAUAAAGGUUUUAAAAGGACAGGAGAGCAUGUUCUUUUACUGCCUACAAACAAUAUUUGUUGUUGGAUGAUUUAGUACUCUUUGGUCAACUGUUGUCUUCUCUUGAACUCUCAUUCAUGCCCAUGUCUUCAAAAGACUUACGGGUGCUCAGUGAAAUAUAAUAUUGUUAACUGAUAUCUAAUUGUGUAGGAGCUGUAACUUUGACUGGUGGCUUCUCUUGAACUUGAUUAUUUCAGGACUUUGGAAUAAAUUUCCAUAAGCAACUAUAAACUUAGUACAUCUUUGCCUACAUGAAAAUGGCUGGCUUUCUUAAACUUUCCAGAUCAGCUGUCAACUACAGUUGGUUGAACUAGAAUCAGCUUUAUGGCAUGAGAUGAGGUUUCUAUAACAAUUUGAAACUUUGGGCAGUUUGAAUGGAUUUCAUGGUACAGAAUCCUUGUGCAUGUGCACAAUAAUUCAGCUAACUGCAAGGCCUGGUAGAUAUCUCUCCAGAACUGCCAAACUCUAGUUGAUUUACUAGGAGCAAACAAAGAAGAUAAACAAGAGCUGUAAAAGGAAUGAUAAUCCUUCCAGUGCCCUAAAUGAGGCCGAGGGCUCUGGAUAUGUAGAUAAUUGUUGGAGGGUUUUAACUCCCUUCUGCAGUGGACUUGUCCAGUUUAGGUGUUAAGAAGCUGUAUUUGGAAAACAUAGCAGGUGUUUCUUGCUUUAAAUUAAUGGCCACCAAUUCAGCUUUUGAAAAUUGCACAGAUAGUGUUUUUAGAAAAGUGUGUCAAGUCUGAACACUGCAGUGCUGCCAAACUCUUGAUAUGCAAGUUAGGAUCUUCCCAGUGCAGUGUUGGCCCAAAGUCCUUGCAUAUAUUACAGAGUUGCUGACAAAUUGGUGUCAUCUAAUCUCUUUCUAAAAGGCACUAACUUAAAAGGGCUCAUGACGGAGGACGGAGGUGCCUUUAUCAGAUGAAAAGCAGUGGGGGAGUUGCUUUUUAAAAUGGCUGCUUUAUUGGAAGGGUAAUAUUCCUUCCAUAGGUUUAUCUGCAGUUGCCCCAUAGUCACAAGGAAGCAACCUACAUUGGUGCAUAAACACUAGAAACAUCUCUUUGUACCAGCUCAUUUCACAUACGUAUAAUCCAAAACAUGAAGCUUACAAAUGACUUUCCACUAACACUUGUGUUUUAUGUUUAUCCGUAGCAUAGAAUUUCUUACUCAGGAAGAGCUGAUGCAGCAUGAAAUCUGGGCCGGGACAACUAUUUAGCAGGAAGCUGUAAUAAAUUGUCUUGCAUAACCAUGAACUUUUUGGUUUCAAGAUUUACUAUUAAAUGAUCCACUGAAACUUAACCUAGCCUUACUCAUAAGUUAAGAUGGGGUGCGCAAUCCUAAUGUGAACUGCUUUCCCACAUAGCUGCUCUUCACUCAAGUUGACUAGGUAUCUCCAUGGUUCAGAUUCUCAUUGCAUGAAACAUGUAGCUACCAUUCUACUAUUCUGAGCAUGGCACACAUCAUGUAGAGAGUGAUUCAGGCUGCCCUGGAGUCUUCCUGUCUCUGCUCUUAUCCACUUGCAUAAAGGGUUGGAGCAGCCAUUCUCCCAUAGUGCAGUACAGUAUUGUGAAAUGCACGGGUGGGGCUACAGUCAGACUAGUGCCCUAGUUUGCUGCCUGCCUGCAGAUCUUAAAUGCGCUCGCAAAUACAAAGAAACUUUCCAUGGAUCCCACAGGUUAAAAAUUUCAUUUGUCCACACACUGUAUUUAAAAUGCCUCUUUCACCCUAUUAAUAUGGUGUUGAGUGAGUAAGGCAGGUGUGUCUUCUUUUGAUUUAUAUAUUCAUCUUGUUAGCUUGCAUAUUGUAAAGCACCUAUCCUUUUCCUAAUAAGCAGUUCCAGCUCUGUAUUGCAUAAUGCUGAUAGUUGCAAACCAGUGAGAAUUGGCCAGUAAAAAGGAUUUAUCUAUUUUAAAAAAGGCCUUUGUGUUUCUUGGUUCUGGUGCAUAUCUUUAAAAAACCAAGCAAGCAUUUUGGUUAAAAUAUUAUUUGCAUAGGGUAUGAAUAUUUGAUGACAAAAGUCUUUAAAGAAACUGGCAUUGAAAAUACGCUGGCAGAGCAAUCCAAACCCUGGUUGGGCAGCAGAAACACAUAGAGCAGCGGAGCUUCCACAACGUCUGCAUCUCUAUUGCUCUCAUUGCCAGGGUGCAGGGCAGGCAAAAUUCUGCUUCCGGAGCUAUUGUAGGGAUGGGGCCUGGAUCUUAGGCCAGCUUAGCCCCAUCCCAUCCCACAGAGGCUGGUGAAACUGUUUGGCACAUCAGGAGUUUGGAUUGUGCACUAAGUGAUUUAAAACUGCUUGAAACACCUGUUCUCAAAGUUGGAUAAGCUAGACUAGUCUCUUGUGGAGAAUAUGUUCUAUUCGUUGGAUGCUGUUUUGGAAGUGUAGCUCAUUUGUUUCUUUCUGAGUCUGCCAUACAAUUCAAACAAUUCAGAGAUGUAGCAGUGUGUUUGCAAUGCAGAUUUCUGUAGCAGUUUUCUUCCAUUUUAGAGGAAUCUCUCCAUGGUAUAUACUCCCAAUUAAAUGUUAGGAGACCUCUGACAACAAAUGGAACACAAUUCUACUGCAGUAAAACUUGUCAUCCAGAAGUACAAACAGCUUACAGCCUUCCUGCAUUUUUAAGUAGAAGAGGAAAACAUUGCAGUGGACUUUGCCCUUCUCUCUGCAUUAAGCAGUUCCUGGGAGAAAAAACUUGUAUGAAUGCACUUUCAUAAUGGGCUUGAAUUGCUGCCACUCCAGCAUGUUCAAAAAUGACAAAAUCAACAAAAUGAUGGGGUAUAAUCAGGCUGUGAAACUUGCUCGAUUUUUGUGUCUUCCAACAAUGCUUCUUCAUUGGCAGGUCACUACUUGAUAUUCCAAGAUAGUUGUUUGUGUUUUUGGAGAGGGAAGAAAGUCGCUACAGUUCGGAAGGAAAGGGGAAGCACUGGGGGGAAAGUAUUAUUUCAGUAUUAAGGCUGUCGGACAAUUAAACAUAUUUUACCUAUUAAUGGUUUGGCUCUAUAGCAAUUGAAAACAAAUUCACGUGCUGCUUAACUUUUCAGUAGUCUCACAGCUUGCACAUGGUUGUUGUGGAAGAGGACAAAGAAGCACAAAUCAGUCAUAGGCAAUGGAAAGUUUCAGCAACGUACAGCCAGUCUUAAAUUCACAGUACAUGAUGUUUGCUCUCAAGUCAAAUCCACUAGAGAAAAGUUAAGACGUGCUGGUUGGCUGGCCUUUGGAGAGAGGAUGAGAAGCUUGGUAUACCAGACUCUGUGCCUGUUGAACAGUUGACUGAAUGGUAUCUUAGCCUGAAUCAUGCAAUUGUAAAGUUGGAAGGGAUCCUGAGGGUCAUCUAGUCCAACCCGCUUGCAUAUUGCUGGGCAAACCUGUAUUCAGUUCACUUCACAGAGUUGUUUAGUUUUGGCUAUCCAGUUCCCCACCCCCUGGCCUAGCACCUCCCUAACCCUUUCCUGUUCUCCCCUCUGACAAAACAUGUCACUGUUGUAGAAAAAGCCUAACAAUGUACCGGUACUACUCGUGUAAAAUCUAGAGGGAAAGCAUAUAAGAUUCUAGCUUAAAUUAGGGGGUAGGGUCCUGUUGAGACUUCCACACACACGUGUUAUAGUUGCACAGUUUUAAAAAGGUGGAGGUUUAAAAAAUUGUCCUUUGUGCAGAUCUUCAUAUGUUGGUGCAAUUUGAGUAAAUCAUUAGCUCCUGCAGGUGGUAAUCUGUAGUUGCCUUUGGCAACAGCCUGUACUGUAGAAACUAGAACCUUAUUAAUGAAGACAUCUGAUAGCUGAGGUCAACUUAAUAUUGCCUGUUCACAUUUUAAAAAUACUGAUCACUGCCAGAGGUAGAAUAUACUCAAACACCUUUGUGGGGUGGGGAUUUCUACAUGCCUUUAAUUUUCAGUAAAAUGGGAGUGAUUAUUUAGAUAGUAUUUUUGUGUGUGUCGUACAGCCUUAAUGUAAGCCAUGGCUCAGUUACUAAAAAGCUGUCUUGUACACUUGAGUAUUGGUAUUGUAUUUAUGAAAAUAUAUACUACCCAUUCAUAUAAACAAUUAAAAGUAUAAAAAAAUGGAGAUGUGGUGAGUUUUCUGCUUUUGUAUAUUUUCAAAUGAAAAUGAUUCUUUAGCAUGUAGAUAAAACUUGUUAGCUUGUGUUUCUCACGUGACAAAUUUAACAAGAAUGUUUGGUAGUUUUGUAACAGGGCUCUUUAUCAGUGUAUUAUCAAGAGGACUAGAUACAAAUAAAGCCAGUGGAGAUACAAUGAACCAUUUUGCAAACAAAGGUUGUGAUUCUGGUUGGCAUAAAUUAACUUUCCUUACAUCAUUCUCAUGGUUGCUUAAGAGUUUUUCAUCCCUUUGGAACAUGCUUUGUAUGAAUGUAGAAACGCACUAAUACAUAAUAGGUUCUUAAAUAUUGUGUGUUUAAUAAUAAUGGCUUAGAUUAUCUUCACACUAAAAUGUGUUGCGAGCAAGAAUUGCUACAGGGGAAUCCUCGCUUAUGUGGGGGUUCUGUUCUUGUUGGCUGCAUGGGGGUCCCUUCUACCCCACCCUCUUUGACGCCAAAAUCAAUUGUGUGCGAGUGGGGAGGUGCCUGCACUGAGUAAGUGCAGGCUUUCUAAAAGCAAUCAUAUUCUGCUUCCACAAAAGUCAUCUGUCCUAGUGAAGCCCAUCGUUACAUAUGGACGUUGCAUGUAUUCUUCAAAGAUGUCUAUCGGCAUUGCACUUCUUGAUAUUUAUUGCUUUCUGUUUGCAGGAUUUUUACAAGCAUCUUCAGCGUUUGAAGUAAGAGAUGGGAAAAACAAAACCUGCAUAUUAGCCAAUUUUUCUGUGCUAUUUAAAGUGGAAUACAACACAAAAACCAGUAAAGAGGUGAGGAUGCUGAAGCUUAAAUGAGCGGUGGGCCAGAAAGCUGCUUACAGAGACAUAACUUUUAAGGUGCUAUGUUGUGUGGCUAAAGGCAGCAAGAUGCUGCUUUCAGAGCUGAAGCUGCUUAAUUUGCACUCACGGUUGAGUCUGUUUGAAGAAAUUUUGGAUUUCUAUAUUUGAUUGGGAGCGGCAGUUAAACCUUGGUCUCUGAUUUGUUAGUAUGUGUAUAUGUUCAUCCUAUCCACAUGGUAGGAAAAUAAUUUUAAAUGUACGCCAUGAAAGUGAUGCAUGAAUUGGCUCAAAACUCACUCAGAAAGGAAAGUACUUUGCUGAAGUGUUUGUGGUCAACUGAAGGCAGAGCUUGAUGGAAAACAAGUUUGUAAUAUCAUUUACUGGUGGGAGAUGAGGGUAAAAUUUAGUUAUACAUAAAAUUAUGUCCUAACCCAAUUCCUUGGGAUCAGUAAUAAUGCCCCAAAGCAAAUAUAGGAUUAAAAAUAGCCCUGUUUAUAAGGCACACAAUGCUUACUUCACUUAUAUAGCUGCUCAAACAACCGUAUUCACCAUGUGCUCAUUAAUGGUCUCUGCAUCAACCUUGAGCAGAGUUUCCCAGACUUAGGUCUUCAGCUGUUUUUGGACUACAGCUCCCAUCAUCCCUAGCUAGUGGUCAGGGAUGAUGAGUAUCGAGUCCAAAACAGCUGGAGACCCAAAUUUGGGAAACCCUGACCUAGAGGAAGGUCCUGAGUGAAGUAGUGCACAGGAUCUGUCUGAGGCCCUGUGCCUUUUAACAUCUUUAUAAAUCCCUUGGAUGAGGGUGUAGAGGAUAUGCUUAUCAAAUUUGUAGAUGACAGGAAGCUUGGAAGAAGACAGAAUCAAGACUCAAAGUGAUUAUCACUGGCUAAAACAUGGUACCCAAACCAGCAAGAUAAAGUUGAACAGUGAGAAAUUGUAAAGUUCUAUGUUUACAAAAUCAAGGCCACAAGUGUAGAAAUAGGGGAGACCUGCUUUGAAGCAAUACAUGUGAAAAACAAGUAUCUUUAGUAACUAAAGGUUUGUUAGUCACAAAUUAAACUCGAGCCACCAGUGCAGCUACUAAAAAAAGCCAAUGAAAGUUUAGGCUGCCUUGGUAGCAGCAUUGUGUCCAGAAUCAUACCAUGAGAAGUAGUAGUUCCACUCCAUUCUGCACUAGUCAGGCUACAGCUGUGUACUGUUAUGGGCAUCACAUUUUAAAGAGGACACUGAAAGAGGAGAGUGUGCCUCGAGAAGAGUGACCCAAGUGCAGAGGAGUCUGGAAACCAAAUUCUAUGAGGAAUGGUUGAAAAAGCUGGACAUGUUUAGCCUGAGACGAGAAGAUAGGGUGUAGGCACAAUAGCAGUUUUCAAAAAUAGCAUGCAGAAAAUGGAGCUGACAGAGGGCAGAACUGGAGCUAAUGGAUAGAAAUUGCAGGAAAGGAGAUUCGGCUAAAUUUUACAAUUUUUAUCCUGCCUUCCCUCCAAGAAGCUAAAGCCCCAUUUUAUUCUUGUAAUACCCCUGUAAAGUAAUUCAGGCUGAGAGACAAUGACUGGCACAGUGUCACAAAAUCUGCUUCAUAGCUGUGUUAGGAUUUGAACCUGAAUCUCCCUUGUUCUAGUCCAGCAUUCUAAUCAGUACGCCAUUGGUUCUGUCACUAUUGUUUUGCUAACUUUCUGUUGCUACGUAUGCCUGCCUGGUUUAGGAAUAGAGACAGAAACGAAAUGUGGUAAGCCCCAACCUACUCUGUGCCAAAUCCUUUCUAAAACAUAGGGAGGGAUUAUUCUUUCCCCAACGCACACCCCACCUGCCUAACCUUUAGUUAAUAAAUAAAAAACAAGCAAAACACAUUUUUACUUGGCAUGGGAUCCUUCCUUCCCACACUUCACUCUAAAGCCUUAUCCUACAUUGUAGAAAUUAAACGGCAAUUUGAUCCUGACCCAAAGGUGCACCACUAAAACGUACAUAGGUUGACUUUGUAUUCCCACCCCCACCCCCAAAAAUCUACUAUGGUUAUUGAGUGCCUUGAAGCAUUUUACUUACUUUUGAUUGUUUGAUGUUUACAACAGUUCUGAUGCUCACUAUAACAGCAAUACUGUUUUUGUCUGUUAGGUCAAGGUCUUUUCACUUCCUUCUAAUGCCGUGGUACUGCCAGAAAGCACAUGUGGCAAGCCAAACGACACUUCAGAAGUUCUUGCAAUUGGAUUUAGCAACAAUAACUCAUUAAAGAUGGCAUUUGUAAGAAAUGCAGAUGUCUACAUUGUCAAGAGUCUGACUUUCACCUACAACUUGUCAGAUGCCAGCCUUUUCCCCAACUCAAAUGAAAGUAAGUGUUUUGAGGCUUUGCAAAGUACAGUAUGAUGAAGGUAGCUGGGUUGGUGGUACAUAGGAUGGUUGCCAUAUUUAUGGAGAAAUUAUCUGAAGACCAUCACACACUAAUACAAUUGCACACUUUCUGCAGCUGGAGCAAGAAAUGUGUCCGAAGAAACUGAUAUUCGAGCAGGCUUAAGGACAACAUAUACAUGUCAUAGCAACAACACCAUAAGCAUGAAAAAUGUGACUGUCCUUCUCAGCAACGUUACGCUUGAAGCAUACCUUGUAAACAACACCUUCAGUGGAAAAGGUAAGCAUUGUAUUUUCAAAAAGCUUAUGGCAUGCCAACUCUUCCCACUGGAACUAGUCAUACCCCAGGGACUCUCAUUUUCUCUGUAGGUCUGGGGUUGUGCUGAAAGAUUGCUAUUUUGUAAUGGUUUAUGUAAAAUGAGUUUCUGAUUGGGGAAAGCCAAAACAGUCUUUGUAAAGCAUUGGAUUUGAAUGCCAACAACUUAUCAUGCAGAAAGCCGAAGGGUAUUGUUAAUAAGUUUGGAAGUAGUAAGUAUUACUGGCAAAUGCAGCUGAAGCCUAGUUGGAAAGGACAAGAGAAGAGCAAAUUGGGAGAACCUUCCUCCCAGUUCUCUUUUUCACUUGUCUUUCCGACAGUGUUCUGUUUUGGAAGAACAGGAGGAGCCCUCUUUGCUGUGUGCAAUCUGUGAAACGGCAAUGUAGCAGCAAAUGAAUGAAUUUUGAAAUGGCCCGUUUCCAGGAAGCAAAUUGCUAUCACACUGAGGAGCCUGACACCCAAGUUUAGUUUGAGACACCGCUUCCUUCAAAAUACAAGGGUGAAUUUGGAACAGCAGUGCCACAGGUAGGACAGCAGGAGAUCUGUUUUGCCAUCUGGUCUCUGCUCCUCACUGCUACCACACAAAAAACCCGGCUGGGGGCGAGAGCACCAGCUGCCACCAUCCCUGCUAUGAGACUCACAUCAGUCCUCACAGCUGAUAGAAUUUGCUGAGAAAGGCCAAGAGCCUUGACUACUUCAAGCAAGGGUGUGUGUUUUGCUGUGCCAUUGUCAGUGGAGGGGGUAAUAUGAGGGAGAGGGCUACCCUAUUAACCUUUUAAGGGAGCAAUUUAGUGAUGGAGUCAUUUCUGAGAAGCUAGUUGGUGCCUGGAGUUAAAGAAGGGAGAAGGUUUGUUGGCCAUUUAACUAUUGCUAACUGGGUGUUUGGGUUCACUGGGUCUUGGUGGAAUUUUAUCUAGUCUUUUGUUGGGGGGGUAAAGUAACAGUUAGUAUCUGGUGGGUGGGUGUUCCUAUCAAAGUGUUCUUUGAAAUGGAGAUUGAAAAGAAAUGUUGACUGAUGAUAAUUAUGCCUGUUUCCUCGCACCUUUCACUUUUAGUGCAGUGCCUUAGGUGGGCUCCAUAACACUGUCUGGUCCAAUUUAUUGCUUGGAGUUUCAAUUAAUGAGGUCUGAGGGUAGUGACAUGGCUCUGGACUAGUUUGACCAACCACUUGUGUUAGGAAGGGGCUGUCUGCCUGGAUCCAGGAGAAUGUAAAUUCAUCCUUGUGAGAGGGAGUGGAUCCAAGCUAUACAGCACCUGAGUGAGACAGGAACUUUGCCUAGGCUUAGCUGCUCCAAGCUCUCUUGGAUGGCUCUGAUUUUCUAGACCCACCUUAGUGAGGUAUUAGGACUGGGUUUGGAACAGAACAGAAACUGCCUGUGUUUCCCUAUGAGAUGUUCUCUGCCAAGACAGGUGAAGAGUGUGACCUAAUUGAUUCUCUUACCUGUCAGCAGCUUUCAGUAUCAUAGGCCCAGCCAUUGCCAAACCAGUGCCCUCUAGAUAUUUUGUACUGUGGCUCAGGCUCCUCCAACUACAGCACAGUCAUAUUGGCUGCAGUUCAUCAUGGUCCAAAACAUGUGAAGGACAAAAAGUUAGCUUGUGGGUGCUUCUAGAUCCAGCACUCUGCUGCCCCCCCCCCCAUGAGGUUUAGGUGGUCCAGUGAUUUGGAGCACCUUUUAUCAGUUUUGGUUGACCUAUGACUCAACAAAGCUCCUGGUUGGAAUACAGCAUUGUGCCCUUGAAAAUUAUCUAGAAACUUGAGUUGGUCCAAAAUAAGAGUGGUCAGACUACUGAUGGGGAUUGGCAAAUAAAAUCAUAUUGCACAGGUGCAGUAGCUUCCAGCCCAUUUUCUGGGCCCAAUCCAAAGUGUUGGUUUUAACCUUUAAAGCCCUAAAUGGCUUGGGGUCAGGCUGCUUGAAUAUUUUCUCAUAUAUUUCUGUCCCGGGGCCUUAAGAUUUUCAUUGGCUCUUCCCCACAUUUCCACACCUAAUGUGGUAAGGUGAGUGGCUACCAUGGAGAGGGUCUUUUUGAUGGUGGCACCCCAUUUAUGUAAUGCUCUGCAAAAAGGCUCACCUGUUGCCUAUGCUAUUGUCUUCCUGAGUUUUGUGGUAAAUUUGCCCCUGCAGGCUUCAUGCUGAUGCUUAAAUAUUUAGCUCCCGUGUUCAUCGUAUGUUUCAUAUUGUUGGGCUUUUUAACGAUUGCAUUAUCAGUAAACGUCUUUGUUUUUGAGCUUAACAAACUAUGAAUUGCCUCGAAGAACACAGUUGUACAAGGGAUAUUAAAAUAUAUUUUCAAAAACGAAAAGGGGCUAAGUACACAUUUUGUAGUUGGGAGCAAAGUAGGAGAAAAGACUGGACAAAGUGAAAAAAUGAAGGUUGUCUGGGUGUUAAUUGACUACUUUCCAUGCUAUGAUUUGUGAUCACUGCCUUCCAGAAACUGUCUGUAGUGAAGACAAAGGGUCUACAACCGCCGUUCCCGCAACUACAAGUGUGGCACCAACUGCAGCACCAACUGCAGCCCCCAAAACUCCAGAUGUUGGACGAUACAAUUUGACUGGCUGUUUGCUUGCUUCUAUGGGCCUGCAGCUUAAUAUUACCUACACCACCAAAAACCAGGUAACUUCCAUAUUUAUUAUUUUAUACAUAGCAAUACAUAGAGAUAUAUGGGAAGCUAAUGCACCUUAGACCAGACUAGUGGGCUUAUUAAAUCCAGGCUCUUCACCACCAGCAGCCACACAAUAAUGUGUUUCAAGGAGGUUAGUGUUGUCCACCUGUGCCCUGUGUCCUGCACACUUGGCCAGGAUCUCUUAUUCUUGCACAACUGCCAGUUAAAUUUAGACUAAUCAUAAACAUGGCAAAAAUCUGGAAAAGCUGAUCUCCUGAUCACCCCCAUGGCACUAUGGUUAUUAUUGAAAAUUCUUUCCUGCCCCCAUUUCCAAAGGAGCCCAGGGCAGCAAAACAAGACAAUUAAAAAUAGCUAAAAUUUAAAAACAAUCAAGGAGAUAACACUGCUGUGCACCAAAGGCUUUUUAAUAAUGUGCUCAUUUCAACAUCCAUACAGAUCAAAGCCUGUACAGUAAAGUCAUCCAAUUUAACCCUAUUGUGUUCUGCUAGGAAAGUUGCUUCCCUGUUUCUGCACACUGUUCCCAAAGCUGUUUACACCAAAUUUACUGAAAGUGCAUACAUUAUUGCUUAAUCUCCAGUGAGAAGGUUUUUUUAAAAGAAAAUAUGUCAUAACUUUUUGUUUUUCUGUUUCCAAGACUAAGAAGUGGGAGUUGUUGAAUCUUCCAGCAAAUACAACUUUCUCUGGGCAUUGUGGAGAUUCCACAGUUACUCUGAACUUGACUUCUGGGAGCACUGACCUGGUUUUUUAUUUUGAGCAGGUAAGCAUAGUUUGAUGUGACACUUACAGAAUGCUGAUGUACUCCAUAUGGUAUUGGUCUAUGCCCCUCAUUGUCCCUGACUUUUGGUCAUGCUAGCUGGAGCCAGUGAAGUUGGGAGGACUCCACAUUGACUGCUUCUGAUUUACAGGCGGAGCUGUGUUUGACAUGUAUAGACCAUGCAAAUAUUACUCUAUUUAUGAGCAUAACUCUGCUUCUACCAGUAAUUGGGAAGAUCAUGGAUCAGGGCACAACAGCUUAUGUGCAGAACUUCAGUAGCUUUAGACUGUUUUUAGAAGGUUGCUUUAGAGGUUUUCAUUAUGUUACUAUUGGUGUGUUUAUCACCCUGGAGGAAGGUGGUGCAAAUUAGGAAAUAAAUAAAUGGCACUUGUUAAAAAAUAAAGUGGCAAUUUUAGAUGACUUGUAAUUUUGUAAAUGAGCAGAUUGGCAUGAUAGCCAUUUUGUAUUUUUCCGUUUAUUUACUUGAGCUUAUGAAACAGCCUCACUAUCUUAAAAUCACCAAUAAUUCCAGUGGGAUCUGGAGUUCACACCCUUAAAAUAGGGCAUUUCUUCUUCAGUGUCGUCUUUAGUGUUUAAACCAUGGUUCUUGAUCUGUAGUUGCCAGUGCUUGUGGUUUUUUGUCACUGGCUCAACAAAGGGAAUGAAGCAGGAGUGAUUCAGCAGCAUGUGCAUGCACAUAAGCCAUGUUUUAAUUAUGGCUUGUCAUGAUAUGCAGAUGUAUAUGCUAUGUAUGUUGUCUCUUUCUAUUAACAACUGCAGCAUAUUUUACCAGUGAUAUGGUGGCCCUGUAGCAUGCAUAGGCUAGCCUUUUAAAAGAAACCCAACCAGUAACUAAGAUUUAUCUUUCUUUUUAAGAACUCAACCACUGACAAGUAUUUUCUGCACCGUAUCUCUGUGAGCACAAGUCUGCCUCCUGAAUCUAUAAGUAAGUAAUAUAUAUAUAUGUAUUUUAAAAUGACUUUAAUAGCUUAGAUUUUGAAGGAUACAAAGAAUGUCCAAAGUAGCAAAGAGUUCAAAGAAGAUAAAGAGAUGCAAGUAUUCACAAACUGUGUUAACUGCCAGUUUGAAAUGCCAGGGUUAUUCAUUCUUUAGCUUUUAGAAGGCUCACUAGGAGAUAAGGGAGAAAGCCAUGAACCUUGAAGUACAGUCAGCUGGUUUGAUUGACACCCACACCAUGAUUUCAGGGUCCUCAAGCCCAGGAAAGCAAAUAGCCUAUAAAGUUUGGUGCAAUAGCUUGUCCAAAACAAUGCUGUACUGACAGCAGGAAAGGGGUCCUGACUUUUGGCUUGUUACUGCUCAUCAGUAACUUCACACCACCUAUGAAAACAUGGUGGCAAAAUGGGCUGGUGCCUUUACAAAAGAGUGUAGUCCUACUUAAUCUCAUCUGUGCGUUUUUUUAAUACAGAAAGAACAUUUAAAGCUGACAACGAUAGCCUGAGUGCUCUCAAAGCUACAGUUGGAAAAUCGUACAAGUGUUUUUCAGAAGAGAGUAUUUGGAUCUCGAAUGAAACUUCUCUCAAUAUAUUCAAUGCUCAAGUCCAGGCCUUCAAGAUCACAGGAAAUACAUUUGGAACACGUAAGCUGUAUAACUACAUAUUAAACACAAGUUCAGUGCAAAUGCUUCGUUCUUUCAGAGCAAUAGUAACUUGAUGAUCUAGCUUGGCCCUACUCAGUGGUGUCACCUGUACACAUUUAUAGGUUUGUUUCUUUACAUUACUGUGGGUGAGCACAUGAUCUGUAACUUAAAUGUAGAUUAAUUUGUUCAUCAUAACCUCAGGGGUAAGUUUUAUUAUACGGUGGCUCAUCUUGGCUCUGCCCAAAGACUGAAGGUAGUUAAAAGAAGCUUAACUAAGUUUCAGAAGGAAGACUUAUCAUUGAUUCCUAGUCUGUCGUACCAGAACACUCCACAAUAAGCAUUCUUCUUCCUGCAGCCUCACUAAUUUAAAGUUGACUCCCAAUUGGUAAAGGAAGAUUGUCAUUUUUGCAGUUUCAAAAGGGGUGGGGGGGUGGGAGUUGGCACAGAGCAAAAUGCCAUAUACAGUACAGUGGUGCCUCGCAAGACGAAAUUAAUCCGUUCCGCGAGAGUCUUCGUCUAGCGGUUUUUUCGUCUUGCGAAGCAAGCCCAUUGACGGAUUAGUGCUAUUAGCGCUAUUAGCGGUUUAGCGGCUAUUAAAGGCUUAAAGUCUUAGGGAUUAGCUGCUAAAAGGCUAUUAAAGGCUAUUAAAGGCUUAGCAGAUUAGAUAAAGGGGGAAGCGGAAAAAAAUCUCAAGACUCGCAAGGUAUUUUCGUCUUGCGAAGCAAGCCCAUAGGGGAAUUCGUCCUGCGAAGCAACUUCAAAACGGAAAACCCUUUCGUCUAGCGGUUUUUCCGUCUUGCGAGGCAUUCGUCUUGCGGGGCACCACUGUAUAGAGAAAAAAUGUAGAUUGAUAAAGUGUGUAUUUCUGCCUUAUGGGGUGACCUUACUGCAAAAGUACACAACUGUGCUUAUAGCUAAUUAGUAUGCUACAAAUGUUUGGCUAUUAACCCUUCAGAUUCCUAAGGAGAGUUUGCCAAGACGCCAUCUGAUCUGACUGCUGAGCAUUUUAUUUUGCAUCAUAUUGCUAACAGCUAACCCAUCGCUCCCAGUCACCAGCUGUGGCUGGUGGGACUUAGGUUCCUCAUCCUAGCGCUACAUGCUGCAACAAUCCAGACUUCUCUGCAUCCAUCCCAUUGUGCUGAACUGCUAGCAAGGGGGUUCCUAUACUGGUGUGCUUGAGGGACUGGUGUAGUGCAUAUGGCCUUUCCACAGAAAGUUAGAGUUGUCUCCCAUUACUUUUGGGAGAAAAUAUGAUAGCCAUGAUUAGAGAGCCUAGAGUUGAACUAAAGAUGUUGCUUGUAAGAUUGUGUACCUUUUUUCUCAGGCUUGAAAUUGCCUAAUUGCCUGAUUUCAUAUGAAGGGCAAAGUAACAAGGUUGAAAUGGUUAGUUCAGACACCACCUGUGCUCAAAGGUGGGCAAGAAAGCACUUCCACCAUUAGAACUACUACUACUACUACUGUCAAAACUUAGAGUUUGAAGUAGCAUUGUACUUUCUAUUAAUUUUGAAUAAAUACAGACACUGUUUUACCAAGUGGUAACAACUGUAAUAAUAAUACCUUGGAAGUUGUUCCUCCAAGGUUCUACCAGUUGGGAACCUAGAAUUCUUAUAUUUUGGGCUACAACUCCCAGCAUGAGCCUGCUAGGGGUUAGGCAUGAUGGGAAUUGUAGUCCAAAAGUAUUUGGAAGGCACCUGCAGUAAGUUAGGAGGCAAAAUGGUUUAAAUUCACUUUCUGAUAGUCAAUGUAGAUACCCUGACAGAUCAUUGAAGAGUAGAAUAGAUUGGGUCCUGGAAUGAUUAUUUGGUGUUUGGCCUGGUUCCUUGCUAUUUUUCUAACAGAAUUUUAGGACUAAAGCUGCUUAAUAGAAUUGUUUUUUCUUUCUUUCAGCGGAAGAAUGCCCAAUGGAUGAAAACAAUAUGUUGAUCCCAAUCAUAGUUGGUGCAGCCCUUGCUGGACUUGUCCUUAUAGUGCUGAUUGCAUAUUUAAUUGGCAGAAAACGUAGCCAUGCUGGCUAUCAAACAAUUUAAUGAUUUGCACUUCCUUAAACCAGUGUGGGAGAACAGCAGUUGCAAGAAGCAGAUACAUCGAUUCCCCCCAUUUCCCCAUCUUCCCCUCAAAUAGAUUGAUAUGAGGGAGCACAAUCUCUUCCUUACCAACUGUUUCUUGCAGUGCCUGCUUUUACUAAAUGUGAAAUCCAUCUCGUGGCAUUUAACUAUGCACAAAGGAUAACUUCUAUAAUUCUGUUUAAUUUUGCUAAUGGGUUAAGUAUUCACCCACAUAGAAACAGGCUGAAGUUUUAAGAAUGCUUUUCUGAAUUGGCAUGGUUUUUAAUGUCAACUACUCUAAAUGGAUGUGAUGUAGUUAAUUCACAUUCAUUCACUUAAAAUUCAGAUUAAUUAUAUCUAACAAAGGGAAAUUUCCACUUUUCUUAUACUACCACCCUGUGCUGAAUUUAAACUGCUUAGGUGCAGUAACUACAGUAAUGACUGACCAAUCAAACUUACACAAUUCCCACUUUGUCUCUACCUAGGUAUGUAUCAUUAAUAAGCUUUAAAUGCUAAGCCUGGUAUAUGCAAGGUGUGGAGAUACAAUUUGGCUGACUUCUAAGAUAUUUUUGGUCUGUCAGCUUGGUAGGAGCUGGCCCUUUUUUACAUAAAAAAAUGGGUGUUACUUUAUUUUUUGUAAAGUGAAUUUCAGUCUCUUCUGUUGAAGUUCAAAGGAGGUCCUUUUUCUGCACAUGUGUACAAUAAUAGACUUCAGUCUGCUAAUUCUUGCUUUGAUCUUGGCUGGGACUGUACACUGCAAGGAUCAGUUAUGGAUGCAUUGCCUGUAACAAUGCUAAUAAAGACUUUUCUGUAUGUUUUGUCAGUGUCCAGUUGAGCAGUUGCGACAUCUUUGUGUAAAGAGAAGUGGAAAGGGCGCACUGCAAAACCCAAGCAGCAAAUUGUGCCUGCCACCUUCAUUUCCCUAGUCUGCCUCUGUGCCCCAGAGAAGCAGUUUCAGAAGACGAAAGAGCAGUUGGGUUUGCAGUGGGCCAAGGUACCUACAGACAAAGGGAAUAUGUGGUGGGCUGUUGUGUAAAUGCCUGGCAGCCAUUGCCAGCACAGUACGUACCUCACUCCUGCUGUGCAGCUUCCCCCUGCCCCUCUGGCUUGCGGAAGCCAGAGCUGUAUGGUGGCUUACUCAGCUGUGGGGUUGGAGGCUUCCUGCCCCUCAGCUGAGCAGUUUAAGGAAGCCCCACCCCCCAUCUUAUGCGUGGAGGUGGGGCUUGAUCAACUGAGGGGCACGGAUCAAGCCCCCAUACUGCUCUUGCUCACUGUGAGCCACAACGGCCUGGGGCUGGGCAAUGUAUAUUGGCUGCUUCUUCCUCCCCUAAGGUGGAGAGGAAGCAGCAGCCGAGAUACAUCAUGAUAUCAGUAAAUCAUGGCAUUUAGCUGCUGAUGCAUCACAAUGUUAAUGACCAGAUAUUGCCCAGCCUUACUUAACAGGUAGAGACCCUAUAUCAUACAGUCGCAACAGGACAAAGCACACACAACUUAAAAAUUCAGAGGUGCAAAUAGAAGCUGUGCUUGUUCUAGUAGCCAUUCAUUCGAAGAUCUGCAUACCAGAUGGCUCCUAAUCAUACAAUUGAUUCGCAACACAAACUAUUUCAAGCGUCAGCCUACUCCUCUUGGCGGGGGGGGGGGGGGAAUACAGCAAAACCUCCCUGUGAUCAAUACAUAGACCAAAUUCGAUUUUUUUAAGGUCAGCAGCAUGUAGAAGCAUACUGAAUAUUUCCAGCUGCUGAAGAUUCUUCUUAAAUACUUCUGCUAGAGGUCUUAGGCCCAUUUUACUAUGCAAAUUCAAGAAGAGGAGAUUUCAAAAUAGAAUUUAUUUUGCAUUUUUAUACUGAUAUUUAUAAAUCUAUGUAUUUAAAUAUUACAAAAUCUUCUGAAGGUAUGUAGUGCAUUUUUUCCAAAAAAAAAAGGGUUACCGCCACAGUGACCACAUUUUAUUCUCAUAUAACUUAAAGUUUUGUUUUUAC